AAUCAGUCUGGGACCGCGUACUUGCAGACGUAGUAACGAUGGGAAACGAAAAUGACGAGGUUUCUCUGAGGAGAGUUACCAGCAGGCUCCAAUGGAAGCGGUUUUGGAUCCUCGCCCUGUGUUACUUCUCGUGCUACACAGCAUUCCGCGGUCUGCGCGAUCUCCAGAGCACCCUCAACAACGCGGAGGGUAUGGGUCUCGCCAGCUUGUCCCUGCUAAAUGCUUUCAGUGCUGUGGCGGGUUUGCUGGUCCCGGCAGUCAUCCGCCUAAAGCUGGGGACAAAAUGGAGCGUGGUUUUAGGGAUUUUUCUGCAUAUCUUGUACAUAGCUAGCAACUACUACGAGAAUGCAUACCUGCUUCUCUCUGCCGCCGUGUUUCCAGGCAUCGGCGCUGCGUUCAUGUGGGUUUCGAGGGGGACGUACAUCACGACUGUAGCAAUGGAGCUGGCAGCAGCUAAUCAAAGAAAUCCAGCAGCCGACACAGCCCUAUUGAACAGCAUCUUCUACGGCGUGUCUCGAAUGAGCACACUAUCCAGCAACAUAAUAUCCUCCCUGGUUUUUCAGAAGGGUUGGCAGUUCUUGGAAAGUAACCAAACUGCCAACCUUGCCUCUUGUGGGAAACAUGCAUGCGGAGGCGACACCACCGCCAACACCACCGGUGCCCUUGUGCCUCCAGAUCAGGCAAGUCGCAAUUUGCUGGUCUCUAUCUAUCUCGGUUUAGGGGUGUUUUCAUUGGUCAUUGCCGUAGCCUUCCUGGAGCGAGUUCCUCCCAAAGCAGCUCCCGUCAUUAACGAGGAGGUCACCGUGGUUACCUUGACAACCAAGGAGGUCUUCUACAGCAUGAUGUCUGCUUUCCGUCUGAUGAGACGGCCCCGGAUGCUAUUGUUGAUUCCAGGCCUGUUCUUUCUCGGUGCUGACAUGGCUUUCGUAUCUGCCCAUUUUACAAAAUUUUUCGUGGGUUGUACGCAAGGUAUUGAGGCCGUGGGCUUCAUCGCUGUGCCCCUGUACAUCAUCGGUGCUCUCGGCUCUCCCGUGAUGGGUCGACUGAUCAAAUACACAGGCAGAGCACCGGUCUUCUUCGCGGGUUGCGCUGUUUAUCUCGCGCUGCUGAUCGUGAUGCUUGUGUGGGCUCCAGAGAGCGGCAAACUGUGGCACCUGUGCGUCAUGGCGUCCGGCCUGGGUUUCACCCGGGCGGCAAUUCCGACUGUGAUUUCCACACUGUUGGGACUUCUAUUUCCAGACCAGAAAGAGGCUGCCUUUGGUAAUCUCUGCUUCUGGCAGUCCCUUGGUUUCGCAGCCAUCUCCUUCAUUGGUGUCCCACAAGCCAUCUGUGCUGUCCACGUGAUCACCGUCACCAUAGUGGUGUUAGUGACCGUCAUGGCACUGUACGGCGUGCUGGAAUUCAGAGUCAAGGGAGACAAACAGCGCCCUCGUGGACAGGAUGAGGACAACACUGCUGGUAGUGAUAGUGGAAGUGUCAAGGAGGAAAAUCUUGGAAGACAAGGGUCUCUUUCCAAAAUAGUGAAUGAAAACCAUGCAUUUGAAAGCCAAAGCAACAUUUAAAAUCAUGUAGCUUGUCCAGCCUCAGGCAUAGUAAAUGUUCCCCCAAACCUUAAAAUAUAAUGCAUGUUAAUUUCUUGAUAAUUUUGGAAUUUGUUCAAUCGUUAAUUGUUCAUUCUCUUUCGCCCGACGUUGCAUAAACGUUUGCUGGCCUAGGUUAAUUUGUGAAUAACGUUUCAAUCUAUUUCACUUCAUGCGCGUACAAAUAUGAAAAUUAGGGCAUCUAGCUUAUGCAGUCAAUACGCGAAUGUAGACCCUUUUCGUGUGACGUCACCAGUCGAUAGUUUAUGUUAAAUUUAUGAGGGUUUUUGUCCGGUCAAACCGGGGACUGGUGGUCCCUGUACCGUGUACGUACGUGUACGUACGUACCCGUUUAAUGUGCACUCACGAAUAGUGAUACUACUACUGGAAAUGAGAUUUAAUUUCGAAGAUAAUUCAGAGUUCUCGGUUAGUAGCUAUCCCACAUUCUUACAGGUACUCCGCCCACACAAACUUUUACAUACUUUCCAGUGGUGUUGACUGUGAAGGACUUAAGAUUUCCAUCCGCUUGCUUGACAAGAAGACAUGCUGGCAAUGUCCAAGGAACCACCGCAAAGUUUCCCUCCUUACUCAUCUGGUUCCUAAUCGAUAUCAGUUUCUUCCUUUCGGCCCGGACCUUCUCCGAGACAUCAUCCGUGAUGAACACCCUACUCCACCGGUACAAUUCAUCUUUGAGAGACUUCGGAGAUGCUCGGAGAACACUGUCACGAUCAGCAUAUCGCAGACAUUUCUGAGCUGCGAUGAACUCUCUAUCUCUAUUUCUCCCUCACAGGCAAAUUGUUCCGACCGUCGGUGUAUACUGCUGUGAUCGCUUCAAUGACCUUGUACAGCGUGUGUCAAUAAA